AAAAAUUGGGUUAGCGGGCAAACAAGAAACCCUUGUUUCGAUCCCCAAAACCCCCCCACCGUUCCCCCAUCUUCUUUAUUUCCUCCCAUUUUCCCUCGCCAUUUUGAAGAACCAACGAGCAGCUCCGAGAGACAUUGCUUAGCCAUGGCGAGCGCUGAUGUAGAGGCUGUCGAUUUCGAGCCCGAGGAAGAUGACCUCAUGGACGAGGAUGGUGCCGCCGAAGCCGAUGCCUCCCCACGAGCUCCAUUUCCUAAGCUCAAAUCCGCCAUUACCGGCGGCGCAUCUUCCUCGCUUGCUGGUGGUCCAAAGAAGACCAAGGGUCGUGGAUUUCGAGACGAGUCUGAUCGAAACACCCGCCUUGCUGGGUCGGAUUUCGAUUCCCUCAAGUCUGCUGAUGGCCCUGGACCUCAACGAUCUAUUGAAGGAUGGAUCAUUCUGGUGACUGGUGUACAUGAAGAGGCACAGGAGGAUGAUCUACAAAAUGCAUUUGGUGACUUUGGGGAGAUAAAGAAUUUGCAUCUAAAUCUUGAUCGUCGUACUGGGUUCGUGAAGGGAUAUGCGUUGAUUGAAUACGAGAGCUUUGAGGAAGCAGAGAAAGCAAUAUCUGCCAUGGAUGGGGCUGAACUUCUGACCCAAAUUAUCAAUGUUGAUUGGGCAUUCAGCCAUGGACCCAUCAGAAGGAAGAACACAAGGCCUGCUCGAGAACGACGUUCAAGGAGCCCUAGGAGGAGAUACUGAUUUUGUGGUGUAGAACUCCAUGUGUGGUGUUUAUGGAUUUUAAUAGGAAAGGUGUUUUCUUGUGGGACUGGACUGGGAGAUGUUUCUACUGAGAGAGAGCUCUUACUCAGUUGUCUCAAGAUUCCCCUGGUUUCCAGCCUUUGUUUCUCGGUCGUUGAUGUGGAUUGAUGAAUUGUAUGUAACUUAGAGGAUUUGAGGUCCAUGAUUUUCCUUUUCUUCUUUUUUGGAUUACUUGAGGUUUCUGCCUUUUUGUGUUGAAUACCUGCCUAUUAUAUAUAUAUUUUUUGUUCCAAAUUUGGCUAUAA